AUGGACAUGGACCCAAAUACGUUCAAGGCGGUGCAGUUUCAGACGUCCACCGAUGGCAAGGUCGCGUACAUCACCCUGAACCGACCGAGGCACCACAAUGCCAUCGAUCAACACAUGCCACUCGAAAUCCGUGCUGCUGUUCGGAUAGCAAAUGCAGACCCACGCAUUCACUGCAUCGUACUCAAGGGCAGCGGGCGUGGCUUCUGUGGUGGUUAUGACCUCAACAUCUACGCCGCAAGCGCUCAGCGCGGAGAGACCGAAGGCAGUCAAGACCUUACCCGAGGCUAUGAGCCCUUCCAGGAUUACCUGCUGAUGAAGGAGUGCACCAACUGCUACACCGAACUCUUUCGAAGUCACAAGCCGACUAUUGCGCAAGUACAUGGAGCAGCCGUCGCUGGUGGAAGCGACAUUGCGCUCUGUUGCGAUCUCGUCGUCAUGGCAGAGGACGCGCGCAUUGGAUACCCGCCGAGCCGAGUCUGGGGCUGCCCGACAACUGCAAUGUGGGCAUACAGAGUCGGAGCGGAAAAGGCGAAAAGAAUGCUGUUCACGGGUGAUCUCAUCAAUGGCGAGGAGGCGGCAGCCAUGGGCCUCGUACUCAAAGCGGUGCCGGCGUCACAGCUGGACGACACGGUCAACCUGCUUGUCGAGAGGAUAAAGAGCGUCCCAAUCAAUCAGCUUUGGAUGCAGAAGCAGGUCAUAAACAACACCAUGGAGGGCUCAAUGGAGUCUAGCCAAAGGCUGGCAACGGUCUUUGAUGGUAUUACGAGGAAUUCGCCAGAAGGGGUCGCGUUUCAGCAGCUGGCAAGCCGAGAGGGCUUCAAGACGGCAGUGUCAUCAAGGGAUGACCCUGGCAGAACGGAACGGUACAGGAAGCUCUGGAAAAGUGUUCUCUAGUCUGGUGUCACUUGUUCUCCAGUUCAUCAACCCUUCUUAAUGUUC